AUGUCAGAUCCUUUAUCUGUGACCGGAAGCGUUGUGGGGAUCAUAUCCCUAGGUCUCCAGGUAACACAAUCACUAUACAACUACUACACUGCUAUCAAUGCCCAAUACUCAGACGUUACCCACACGGCGCGCAAACUGAAGGACUUGCUGGAGAUACUCAACUGCCUACAAACCCACCUCAGUGGCCGCGUCAAGGUCGACGGAACGCAUGUGCUCAAGAACAUCGAGUCUAAUAUCAGGCAGUGCGAAGAGUACAUCCAGGAACUCCAGGAGGAGUCUCGCAAGUUUGAACGGGAGCCGGUGGAUGGUAUUCGGACCGCGAUUCGAGCCACAGGCCGCCGACUCGCGUACCCUUUCCGGGAAAGUACGCUGAAGAAGCUGGACGAAGACAUUGAUGAGCUGGUCAUUCAUCUGUCACUGGCCCUGCAGCUCUUACAGCAAGACGUUACCGACCGCAUGCAGGAUGAGAUCGAGGAUACGAGAGCGGUCCUGAACUUGGUCAGGGCUUCUCAGCUCUCCUCUGAGAUACGAAAUUGGCUCAAGGCACCCGAUGCUUCCAUCGACUUCAACGAUGCUUGUAAUAAGAAGAACCCGGGCACUGAAUCCAAGAAAUAUGCUCGACAGAUGCUGGCGAUUCUCUGCUGUGCCGUAAGGCCACUGACUGUCCCGGAGCUCAUCGAUGCCAUGGCCGUCGAAGUUGGCGCCGCCACGGCCAGCUUCGAUGCGAAGCGUAAACUUGAGGGCAUCGACGACUUUCAACAAUUAUGUCCGGGUUUUACGGAAAUUGGUUGGGGACGUUACUCGAAGAUAGCCAAUUUGCAUAUUGCCCAUUUUUCUGUUCAGGAAUAUCUCGAGUCGGAAGGGAUUCACACCCAAAAGGAGGCCUCAUUUUUCGGCGUCCAGAGACGAGAAGGCAAUGGAUUGAUGGCCAUCAUAUGUCUAACGCUGCUAUUGGAACCACAAGUUUCCAUUAUGAAGCCUUCACUCGUCCGAUGUCAGUAUCCGCUUGCGGACUACGCUGCCGAACAGUGGCCUCGCCACUAUCGGGAGUGCGUCCAAGAAGGGUUAGCUGAAACGCAGGUCAUCCGACUAUUUCUCGAAGAGCCCGCGUUUCAGGCUUGGGUUUCCAUCUAUUUCGCUGCAUAUCUUUGGGGAAGGAAUGUGGCAACGCCAAGCCCCUUAUAUCAUGCGUCAAAACUCGGAUUAUACUCUACACUGCGUGCUCAUUUGGAAGACAAGUCUCUCUCUUACAGCCUUGAUACUGCAGGCGGAGAACUGGGAACAGCAAUCGAAACAGCGGCAUAUAAUGGCCACCAGCAUAUCGUGCAGCUUCUCCUCGGAUACGGGGUUGAUCCUAAUCGCGUAGAUCGAGAUGGAUGUGCACUAAUACACAAGGCAUCAGAUCGAGGCUACACUGGGGUGGUUAAGCUUCUCCUUAAGAACGGGGCUAAUGUCAAUCUCGCAUGUCAGUUUGGAUGUACACCAAUAUACAUGGCAUCAGAACGAGGCCACACUGAGGUGGUUAAGCUGCUCCUUGAGGAUGGGGCUGAUGCUGCUAUUGUGGGUCUAUGUGGAUGCACGCCAAUAUAUGAAGCAUCAGUUCGAGGCCACAAUGAGGUGGUUAAGCUGCUCCUCAAGAACAGGGCUGAUCUUAAUCUCAUAGGUCGACAUGGAUGGACACUAAUAUACAUGGCAUCAACUCGAGACGACACUGAGAUGGUUAAGCUGCUCCUUAAGAAUGGGGCUGUUGUUAAUAUCAGAGGUCGACCUCGCUGGUGGCUAUUGAUAACUAUUGUAUCAGCUCGAGGCUUCGGCGAGAUGGCUAAGCUGCUGCUUGAGAAUAGUGCUGAUGGUGCCAUUGAGGAUCAAGAUGGAUAG